AUGGCAGCUGUCGAGUCGGAGAAGGGCGUGUUGGCUGGUGGGGAUGGUCAGCCACAGCCGAAGCAGGUGGCUGCUGAAUCCCAUAUAGCUACUGGAUCUGGUAUGCCAACUAUACUGGGCAAGAAGAGUCCUGGUGUUUUGCGUGUCGAGGCCAUCUCGGCACAUAUGACGCUGGUCGACCGGGUUAUUCUCUUCGUUGGAAUCUUCCUGCUUUCCUAUGCAUACGGUCUCGACGCAACGCUUCGGUUCACCUACCAGACCUAUGCGACGGCCUCGUAUAAAACUCACAGCCUUUUGGCUACUGUCAAUGUCCUGCGCGCCGUCAUUGCUGCUGCUGCUCAGCCUACUGCAGCUAAGAUGGCCGAUGUCUUUGGCAGAGUUGAGGUGAUCUUGCUGACGAUAGUAUUCUACGUCGUUGGUACCAUUGUCGAAGCAACUGCUACCGGCGUUCAGGCCUUCUGUGCCGGAGCUGUCCUGUACCAGAUUGGAUUCACGGGCAUCUUACUUCUAGUUGAAGUCCUUAUUGCCGAUGUUACCUCUCUUCGAUCCCGUCUUAUAUUCAACUACAUCCCAGCUGCGCCAUUCCUCAUCAAUACUUGGGUGAGCGGUGAUAUUACAAAUGCAGUCAUCAACCACUCAACAUGGCAAUGGGGUGUUGGGAUGUGGGCAAUCAUAUACCCAGUAACCUGUAUCCCAGCCAUCGUACUGCUAUACGUCGUCCAAAGACGUGCACAGAAAGCCGGCGCUCUUGACAACUACAAGACACCAUUCCAAACAUACGGUGGUAAAAAGAUCAUCACUGCCAUGUUCUGGCAACUGGAUGUUGUUGGCAUCAUCCUCCUCGUUGGCGUCUUUGCUCUCAUCCUCGUUCCAUUCACUAUUGCAGGCGGCGUGCAGGCCCAGUGGAAGACGGCAAAGGUCAUUGCACCACUCGUCAUUGGUAUUCUACUUAUCCCCGUCUGGCUCUUCUGGGAGUCCACAUGUCUGCAUCCAAUGGUCCCAUUCAAGCUGUUGAAAGACCGCGGUGUAUGGAGUGCUCUUGGAAUUGCCGUUAUCUUUAACACCGCAUGGUAUCUUCAGGGAGACUUCCUAUACACCAUCCUCGUAGUAGCCUUUGGCGAAUCUAUCAAGAGCGCUACCCGAAUUACCUCCCUUUAUAGCUUCGCUUCCGUCUUGACCGGCAUCGUUAUGGGUGCAGUUGUUCUCUUCGUCCGAAAACUAAAGCUUAUCAUCAUCGCUGGAACCGUCCUGUCAACGGUCGCCUUUGGUCUCCUCAUCUACUUCCGUGGAGGAUCGGGCGCUGCAAGCCACUCUGGAAUCAUUGGUGCACAGGUUCUUCUUGGUAUCGCUGGCGGCAUGUUCCCAUAUCCCACCCAAACAAGUCUUCAAGCCGCAACGAAGCACGAGCACGUCGCCGUCCUCACUGGUCUCUUCCUAGCUUCAUACAACAUUGGAUCAGCUCUUGGAAACACCAUCUCCGGUUCCAUCUGGAACCAAGUCCUUCCACACGAGCUAAUAGCUCGUGUAGAGAACAAAACCCUCGCUGCUUCAAUCUACGGUGAUCCAUUCACUUUCGCAGCCGCCAACCCUAUCGGCACCCCAGACAGAGACAAUGCCGUCGAUGCAUACAAGCACGUCCAGCGCCUGCUCUGUAUCACCGGUAUCUCCCUCUCCGUCCUACUAAUUGCCUUCACCUUUCUCCUCCGUGACCCUCUUCUUGGGAAGGAGCAGAGUCUCGGUUUUGCCGAGAAAGAUUCUGACGAAGAGAGCGCAAGCUCGGAACCUCAGACUACUAAAAUCUAG